AAGAGUAUAUCGAUCUUACCAGCGCUGCUGAAUUUUCGUUUGCAAACAUCGCUCGAUUGAUGAUGGCAAAAACGCGCAUAACUUUCUUCGCAUAAUUCGCAAUGAUUUAUCUUGAGCCAAGAACUUAUGCAACGUGCCAGCUCCAGCUCCGAAAAACGGGAUAAGAAGAAGAACACGUUUGCGUCAUCGAACAGCGUCGCCUUCUCGAGAAAGUCGGGGUGCCUUGUGUACAACGUUUUUUUUGAAACUUUUCUAGAUUUUUACAUGUAACAUUUCUACAAAUAUACCGAUUGCCGCGAUACGCUUUAGUAAAUUCUAUUCGCGACGAGAAUGAUCUGCGCGUGAGGAAGAAACCUGAUGGAGCAUCGCUUUCCCCGUCUUUUUUUCCCUUUUUUAACGACGCAUGGGUUUCUGUAAAUUUACUAACCAGGAGAUCACAUAUUGCCGUUUCGCCCGACUUUCUUCGUCCUAGUCCCCGCGAAUGUAGGUCUCCCCACUGAUGUCUAUCGGGUCUGCCACCGGGUAAUACGAUUGAGGGAGAGGGAAGCUAUGCGCGCGAGUAUCAGACCGCCACUUUUACGUUUAGCCAUUCGAUCGACUACUAGUCCGGUCCGUUUGCGUACGACCGAUGGAUGUAUGCAUACAUAAUUACAUGAAACAUAUCGUUCGCGAGCGGAAAAUGCAACCUGUUCACGACAAUCGGUUUACAGUAAUGUGAUCAGAAGCCCGGUAUUACUUAACGGUAUCGCUCCGGAUGAAUUCGCUCCGGUUUUUCACAAACAAUUCUUUUGUACGAAAUUAAAAAAAAGUAUCUUGCGCGGAACUCUUCGUCGUUCCUUUUCCGCAAAAAGGAAAUCCAUAUAUACCAUGUGUCAAAUGUGUCAAGUGUGUCAAACGAUGCUUAUAACUCGACAAGAAGUUUGCCCGAACGACCGUUAUGUGCCCAACAAAUAAGUUAACUCUCUGGAAAAAAUUCUUUUCCGUUUUGCUACGUUCACGUAUCAAAGGAAUUCGAGUAAAAGACAUCGAACUCCUGUAAAAUAUAUGGCAUGAAAAAUUUGAAAAACAAGACCACGUAAUAUGGUGAUCGUGAGGAAAAGGAUCGACAUUUCGAACAAAAAGAUGCAUUCAGCGUGCGUAACAUUUUUUCUAGUUGUAUCGACAUGCAAUUUAAGUGCGCAACAACCAACAUUCUUCAAGAGCACUCAGUUUAAAGGACUCAACGGUUACACACCGACCGCUUCGCUCACGAAAGACGAGAUAAGAGUCGCCUACUAUCACGAGCAGACAGUGGCAGUGGUUGAUCUUGGCCCGAAUAAUGAACUACACGAUUGCAAUAUAAUCGAAGUGUACGAGCUAUCAGAGGCCAGUGAGGUUCUACGAAACCUAUCUAUGACCUUACGUCCGCAAGUGGUGUCCUUUCAAGAGAUAACGAGGCUUAUGCAGCAAUGCGAAUUGUUGAACGAUUUUCAAGUGGAAGCUACGACCACCUUGUCCACAAACGCAUUGAGCAGGGGGUCUAGAAUAGCCGCGAGUUCGAUAACUUUGUUGUCGGGUAUCCUGCCAGGCACGAAAUGGUGUGGCACGGGCGACAUAGCUGAAAAUUAUCACGAUUUGGGCGAUCUACCUCAUAUCGACAGAUGCUGCCGUACGCACGACCUUUGUCCUAUUAAAAUCCGAGCUCAACAGACUCGCUACAAUCUCACUAAUUACUCGUUGUAUACCAAGUCACAUUGUACUUGCGAUAUGACGCUUUAUCAGUGCUUAAAAGCUGCCAAUCAUCCGACGGCGAAUCUGAUGGGACAAAUAUACUUCAAUAUCGUUAAGGUGCCGUGCAUAGAAGACAUGAGAGGUAAUCGGUAUUCUUCCUCAGAACUGUCAAGAAAAUUCGUACCUGUAAAGAGAGUAUAUUGAAUGGAGGAUAUUAUCCAGCGUUAUUCACGUAUCAAUUAAUGACGUAAUAUUAUUUAGAAAUUUAAUACAUUUAUAUGACUCAUUUAGAGAUAAAUAAAAUUAAUCUCCAGUUA